AUGGACACCUUCAUUGUUGGAUAUGGUAAAGGGAAACAGAAUGUUGCGAUGGGUGAUAGAGAAUCAAUACUGGAUGUCAUUCCAGCUGAUAUGGUUGUGAACUCAGUCAUCGCGGGAAUGGUAACCCGUAGAAAUCGAUCUUCCCAUACAGCUAUUUACCAUAUUAGCUCCUCUAGGACGAAUCCACUAAAAAGUACUGAUCUUAUGCAAUUUUCCGCUGAAUACUUCAAGAAGAAUCCAUGGAUUAACGAAACAGGAACGCCAGUCAAAAUAUUAAAGUGGGCAAACUUGAUACUUUGCCAACAUUUGCAAGAGCUGCAUACAGACUUGGAAAGAAGGAUCAAUCUCGUCAUUCGACUAGCUGAACUCUACAAACCCUAUACAUUAUUCAAAGGAAUUUUCAAUGAUACCAAUGCUGAAAUGUUGCAAAUGGCAACAAGAGAAAGUAAUGCAGAUGAUACAUUUAAUUUUGAUCCAAGAACCAUUCAGUGGGAAAAAUACUUCAAGGAAAUUCGUAUUCCCGGAUUAGUGAAAUAUGUUUUCUAA